GGUUGAGAGAGAGAUAGAUAGAUAUCGGCCAAAGAGAAGAGAAGAGAAAGAGAAAGAGGAAGAGGAAGCCCAACCAACCCCAGCACAGAGAGCAGACAGAGACGCAGAGAGAGGGAGAGGAUGUCGGCCAUGGAGACGGACGCCCCCGACGCGCCGCCGCCGGCCCCCGCCGCCGACGCCGGCGCCGGGUCGUCGUCCCGCAAGCCGGGCAAGCGCUUCGAGAUCAAGAAGUGGAACGCCGUCGCGCUUUGGGCGUGGGACAUCGUGGUGGACAACUGCGCCAUCUGCCGCAACCACAUCAUGGAUCUAUGCAUCGAGUGCCAGGCCAACCAGGCCAGCGCCACCAGCGAGGAGUGCACCGUCGCAUGGGGUGUCUGUAAUCAUGCUUUCCACUUCCACUGCAUCAGCAGGUGGCUCAAGACUCGCCAAGUGUGCCCACUAGACAACAGCGAAUGGGAGUUCCAGAAAUACGGCCACUAGACCACCCUCUGCCGCCGCUGCCCAGCGGCGGCAUGUUACUUGCCUACUACCACCCCACCGGAAGCCCAGGACUAUCUCUUGUCGAACGUCGCUAUCUCCAGCUACUUUAGAACAUUUGCAUCUACAUCUCAGUGUUUGAUGAGUUUGUAUAAAGGAUUCAUGUACUUGCACAUCUAAUGCUAUCGUAUCGUAUUAAGGGAUUCCCCCAUUAAAUUUA